CUUUUGCAAUUUCAUUUCUCAAUUUCUUUAUUUCCCGUACAAAUUUUAUGUGGGUAUUCAAAGAAAUAACCUUGAUUCUUGAUAGGAUUAAUGUGCAGCUUUCUACAAUUUCAUUCUUGAUAAUUAUACCCAUUUAUUCUUUUAAGGUUACUGAUAAUAUUUUCAAGAGAGAUAUGGUUUUCUUGAGCUGGACUCGGCCAUCUCCUCGACAACAGAAAGAUUUUUUAACCAAGUCAAGUGCCUUCAAUUAUGACCCCAAAUACAAGGGAGCUACUGCAAAACCAGUAACUUCCCUUAAAGAAGACAGUGAACUUACUAGAGAUGGUUUCUUUGUGAACCAUGCUCGUGUUUUACUUGGUUCUGGUCUUGAUACUUUUGAUAAGGGCAAGUCAGCUCUUCAAAAUUGGAGGCAUUUCGGAUUGAAUUGGGCAUUUGUUGAUCCGAAGACUGCGAUUCAGAGUGGGGUGAAAUUUUGUGUUUGUUAUAAGGAGUUUUUGCCCUGGGUCAUGAUGCCUCUUCAGAUGAUUUAUGUUAAAGAGAGUAGAAAUGCUAAAAAGAGUAUGGCUUCGUUUUGUUUCGGUGGUGGUACUCUCCAAGGUCACUUACUGGCUGGGGAAGAGCGUUUUUCAAUUGAAAUGGAUGAGAACAAUCAAGUGUGGUACGAGAUACUUUCCUUCUCAAAACCUGACCACUUUCUGUCCUUUAUUGGAUACCCAUAUGUGAAAUUGAGGCAAAAAGAUUUUGCCAAUCAGUCUGCCAAUGCAGUUUUAGAACAUGUCAAUGCUUCAUAAACCCAUGUAGCAUGAAAUGUAAAUAUAAUGAUGGAUCAUUGUCAAAUCCAAAUGUAAACCCGGCACUGAAUAUUGUCUUUCAACUACUUGAUGCUGUUUGUACAAGGCACAUACUUGAUGAACAUUGUCGGCAAACAGUGCUCAAUAUAGAGGAUAAGUGCAUGGACCCUCGGUCAAUAUUUUGAGAUUAUUUA